UGCCAUGGAGGGUAAUCACAGUGGCUCAGCUGGAAGCACACAGCCAUCUGGUUCAGGAGAGCGCACAGAUGGACACAUAUACGAAGUCGCCGUGCAGAACAACUCCUCCAACCGCAGCUCCCAGUUUGCAGAUGGCCUGCUGCAGACCUUCAAGCCGCUCAUUAUCCCCUGCUACGUGCUUGUCUUGGUGGUGGGUGUCUUUGGGAAUUACCUGCUCCUGUAUGUCAUCUGCCGCACGCGUAAGAUGCACAACGUGACCAACUUCUUCAUAGGCAACUUGGCCUUCUCUGACAUGCUCAUGUGUGUGACCUGUGUGCCAUUCUCUCUCGCCUACGCCUUCAACCCACGCGGUUGGGUGUUUGGCCGCUCCAUGUGCUAUGUAGUAUUCCUGAUUCAACCUGUGACAGUCUAUGUUUCAGUCUUCACGUUAACUGCUAUUGCUGUGGACAGAUAUUAUGCAACAGUGCAUCCCCUGAAGAAGCGUACCACUGUGUCUACCUGUGUCUCCGUCCUCAUCGGCAUCUGGCUGCUGUCCUGCGGGCUCGUAGCUCCGGCCGUCACUCACACCUACCACGUGGAGUUUAAAGAUGAAGGCUUCACCAUCUGUGAGGAGUUCUGGUUGGGACAGGAGAAAGAAAGGCGUGUCUACGCAUACAGCACCCUGCUGGUCACAUACGUCCUGCCUUUGUCAGCUGUGUUUGUCUCUUAUCUCUGUAUUACUGUAAAAUUAAAGAAGUGCGUUGCCCCGGGAAACAGGACACAAGACCAGGCGGGCAUUCAUCAAGCUCGGAAGAGGAAGAUCUUUCGCCUCGUUGCACUCUUGGUGUCUGCGUUUGCAGUGUGUUGGCUCCCCAUUCAUGUAUUCAACGUGCUGCGAGAUAUAGAUAUUAAUCUCAUCAACAAGCACUACUUUUUACUCAUCCAGCUGCUGUGCCACCUGUGCGCCAUGAGCUCGUCUUGUUGUAACCCUUUCCUCUAUGCAUGGCUACACGAUCGCUUUGGGGCAGAGUUACGGAUGUUUCAGUGCCGUCAUCGCAUCGGAGUGCCUACCAAUCACUGUGCUGCCAGUGUGGUGCUGUGAUGAGCCGAUUAUUGUUUUUAGUUUAAAUUUAUUAUUCAUAUUGAGUACCUGCAGGAAUCUUA